CCAACUCCCAUCGCCGAGGUAGCCAUCUCCCCGCCUCCGCCUCCCCCUCCAACUCCCAUUCUCCCCACCCCGAAUUCCCUAGCCCUCAUGUGGCGCCGCCUACCCUCCCGCCGCCUCGCCUCCGCCCUUCUCUCCGCCUCCGCUCCGCAGCUUCCUCCUCCGCUCUACCGCCUCCUCCAUCCGGUCACCGUUGCUGCCCCCGGCAUCCUCCCUCCCCCGCGCUCCUUGUGGGGGCUGCAGCCCCCGCGGUUGGUCUCGUCCUCCGCCGCGGCCGCCGAGGAAGUCGACGACCUGCACCACGCGCUCGAGGAGAUCGUCCCCGUGGACCCCAAGCCAAACCUACCUGCAGGUGUGGCGGGGAAGGAGCGGAAGGGGAGGAGCAGGAGCGGGAGGGGGAGGCAGGCGACAGAGGCGGCGGCGCACGGUAUGGGGUCCUCCAAAUAUGCUGCGCUGCGCCAGCGGCAGGUCCGGAUCGAGACCGAGGCAUGGGAGCAGGCCGCCAAGGAGUACCGCGAGCUGCUCGCGGACAUGUGCGAGCAUAAGCUGGCGCCCAACCUUCCCUAUGUGAAGUCACUCUUCCUUGGCUGGUUCGAGCCACUUAGAGACCAGAUCAUCGCCGAACAGGAGCUUGUGGGCGAACGUGGGGCACGGGCCUCCCACGCCCCAUAUUUUAACAUGCUUCCGGCCGACAUGAUGGCUGUCAUCACCAUGCACAAGCUCAUGGGGCUGCUCAUGACUGGCAGCGGCGACGGAAGCGUCCGUGUCAUCCAGGCUGCAUGCCAGAUCGGCGAGGCAAUUGAGCAUGAGGUCCGAAUCCACAAAUUUCUAGAGAAGACAAAGAAAAAGAACACUAAAGAAGUAGAUAAUGUAGUAGAAGCAGGGGAUUCAGAUAUUGCCAAAGAACAGCAGCGUCUAAGAAAGAAAGUCACCGAUCUUAUGAAAAAGCAAAAGAUACGGCAAGUAAGGAAUAUAGUGAAGAAGCAAGAUAGCACCAGGCCGUGGGGUCAAGAUGCUCAUGCAAAAGUUGGUAGCCGUUUGAUUGAGCUAUUGAUUGAAACAGCCCAUAUACAGCCACCUGUUAGCCAGUCUGCAGAUAGCACACCUGACAUUCGACCUGCUUUCACACAUGAAAUGCGAACUGUGACAAGAGAACAACAGAAGAGUUCUCGGCGAUAUGGUGUGAUCAAGUGUGAUCCAUUGAUUCGACAAGGCCUGGAUAGAACAGCAAAGCAUAUGGUCAUACCUUACAUGCCUAUGUUGAUUCCCCCAAUCAGUUGGACCGGAUAUGACAAGGGUGCACAUUUAUUUUUGCCAUCCUAUGUGAUGCGCACCCAUGGAGCUAGGCAACAAAGGGAGGCUGUAAAAAAGGCUCCAAAGGAACAAAUGCAAUUAAUUUUUGAGGCCUUGGAUACUCUUGGGAGCACCAAGUGGAGGAUCAACAAAAAAGUUCUUAGUAUUGUUGAUAGAAUAUGGUCGAGUGGUGGCCGACUUGCUGACUUGGUUGAUCGUACUGAUGUUGCUCUACCAGAGAAGCCUGACACUGAAGAUGAAACUGAGCUGAAGAAGUGGAGGUGGAACUUGAGGUCGGUCAAGAAGGAAAAUAGUGAAAGACAUUCUCAGAGAUGUGAUGUUGAGCUCAAACUCGCCGUUGCUCGGAAAAUGAAAGAUGAAGUGGGGUUCUACUAUCCACACAACCUUGAUUUUAGAGGCCGUGCUUACCCAAUGCACCCUUAUCUGAAUCACUUAGGCUCAGAUCUUUGUCGUGGAGUUUUGGAGUUCUCUGAAGGUCGACCACUUGGUGAUUCAGGCUUGUGCUGGUUGAAGAUACACCUAGCAAAUUUAUAUGCUGGCGGUGUCGAUAAGUUAUCAUAUGAUGGUCGAAUUGCAUUUACCGAGAAUCACCUGGAGGACAUAUUUGACUCGGCUAACAGACCUCUUGAAGGCAAGCGAUGGUGGCUUGGGGCUGAGGAUCCAUUCCAAUGCUUGGCAGUAUGCAUGGAUCUUACUGAAGCUUUAAGAAGCUCCUCUCCAGAAGCAAUGAUUUCACAUAUUCCUGUGCACCAGGAUGGUUCUUGUAAUGGCCUGCAGCACUAUGCAGCACUUGGAAGGGACAAGCUGGGUGCCAUUGCUGUCAACUUAGUUUCUGGGGAAAAACCUGCAGAUGUUUACUCUGGAAUAGCUACCAGGGUGGUGGAAAUUAUGAGGAGAGAUGCACAAAAGGAUCCUGCAUUAGAUCCUGAUGCAGCACGUGCUCGUCUAUUAGUUGAUCAGGUGGAUAGGAAAUUGGUAAAACAAACAGUGAUGACAUCUGUCUAUGGUGUCACUUAUGUUGGAGCACGUGAACAAAUAAAGAGAAGAUUAAAGGAGAGGGGGGUCAUUGGUGAUGACUCAGAACUUUUUGCUGCAUCAUGCUAUGCUGCUAAGGUUACGCUAACAGCACUUGGUGAGAUGUUUGAAGCUGCCCGUAGUAUCAUGAACUGGCUUGGAGAUUGUGCUAAGGUGAUUGCUUGUGAAAAUGAACCCGUAAGAUGGAUGACCCCUCUUGGACUUCCAGUUGUUCAACCAUAUCGCAAACUAGGGAGGCAUCUUAUUAAAACAUCAUUACAAGUGCUGACACUUCAACGCGAAACGGAUAAGGUUAUGGUAAAGCGGCAGCGGACAGCUUUCCCUCCAAACUUUGUACACUCACUUGAUGGCUCUCAUAUGAUGAUGACUGCUGUUGCUUGCAACAAGCAAGGCCUAUAUUUUGCAGGGGUUCAUGAUUCAUAUUGGACCCAUGCUUGUGAUGUUGAUACAAUGAACAAGAUACUUCGGGAAAAGUUCGUGGAACUGUAUGAUGCACCUAUUUUAGAAAAUUUGUUGGAUAGUUUUGAGACAUCUUUCCCUACAUUAAGAUUUCCACCAUUGCCAGAAAGGGGAGAUUUUGAUCUGAAUGAUGUCCUCCAGUCCCCAUAUUUCUUCAACUAGCAUGAUUACAGUGGCGCAGUGUCCUAUUUCGCUCUGUGCCGCCCACCUGUUACCUUGCACAAACCGAGUUCUGUCAAAGUACAUGAGUGUCUGACUCGGAUGAUGCAGCCGAACCUUGUGCUGAUUGAGGUGACGACGAUAACCCCACUGGAUUGAUAGAGGUAUACAGAAGUUGCUCUUGCUCUGCUGCAGAGUUUCAUGUGUCUUCAACAUCAUCAGGCGUAAGCAAGGUGGAUUACUAUUGCCUAGAAAUUGGCAGUGAACAGAGCUGGUCCAGGAGGAGAUUGAAGAAAGUCAACAGUCAAAUAAGUGGAAACCAUGAGCAAGAAGCGCUCUAUGAUUUUAUUUUAUUUUGGCUGUGUUUGUGCUAUAGUUUAGCUUUUGCCUCGGCCUCGUUUUUCCUUCCUCGAAGGUCACAUCCUCUGAUGCCUGUAUAUGUAAAUUUUUUUGGCCUCUUCAACAACCUGUCAUUUUGUUCUUGUUUUGGUGGCGUAAACACGGUUUUCAUUGUAGCUGUACAAUCUCUAUAAAAACAAAUUGGUAUAGAUCGAUUUUCUCUUUGCA